GCCGUGCUUCACGCGGCCGCUCAGAUCGCAAUCCGCUAAACACGACUGGCUGGGAGUCGGCCCAUGAGCUCGCCACGCGCUGUGUCCAACCGCCGCACGCGCACGGAAGACAGCCUCAUGGACGUCUCGCCACCGCGCCCCAAGCGGCCCACGACGGCGAUCACCAAGGAGAACGGGUCGCCCGGCAAGGUCUCGCAGCCACGCGAGAUGUUUUGCACGCCGUCAAUGACCGACACGACGCGCCACGUCAAGUACCCUGGCUGGCUCGAGUCGCCGCAGACGAAGCGCCAGCGGGUGCUGACGCCGACCAAGCCGACGCUGGCCGCGCGCUUCCUGCAGCAACGGAAGAAGACGGUCGUCGUGCGCCAUUUCACGCUCAAACUGCACCCGACGAGCGCGUCGGCGCUCUCGCCCGCGCAGCGCGACCUCAUGGCGAGCCUUGGCCUCUAUGCAAUCGAGCUCAACUCGACGCGCACGUCGCUGCGCAUCACGCGCACGCUCUUCGCGCCGCUCGCGCCCUCGUUCGACGUCGAGGCGCUCGGGGCCGACCACUGCACGCUCACGUACGACGACCGCGUCGUCAUCCUCCGCGACAACAGCCCGAAAGGCAUCUUGGUCAACAAGCGGCGGAUACCCAUGAUGCUCGAGACGCAUCUGCGCACGGGCGACGUCGUCCAGCUCGUACCCGGCCUCUCGUACGUCCUCUGCAAGCGCGUGUGUGACCGCGACACGAAGCAGCGGUUCGUGCCCAAGCCCAAACGCCAGCUCCACGCCACGCAGUCGUCCAUCGUUGUCUUUGCGGCGUCUCCCUUUGCCGGCAUGGACCGCGUGGGCCAGUUCCACCCGAUGCCAGCACUGCCGAUUGAGACGGACUUUCACUUGAUCCAAAACUGCAUUCACGAUGCAGCGGUGCAGUCGGGCCACGUGCCGUCGAUUUGCGUCUCGGCCAAGCCCGGCAUGCUGGAAGAGCUGCAGUACACGGCGACGCAGCGUUGCCAGGUGCUGCAUGUUCUCGGCCGGGGCAGUGCGAGCAGCGUGUACUUUGAGGACAGCCUCUCGCUCGUCCACCCUGUGAGCUACGACGCUCUGCGCCAUACGCUCUCCUUUGGCAAAGUGCCACCCUUCCGCCUCGUCGUGCUCUCGUACGACCCGGCCGACGCCCUCGCGGCCGUCUUUGUGUCAAUUGGCGUACCUCAUGUGGUUGUGAUGCGCGAGUGCUCGCCUGUCGUGCACCGAGCGCUCCUGAGUGGACUCUACCGCGCCCUCGCCAAGCGCAAGAGCGUCGAACAAGCUGUCGCAGCCGCGACGCAAGCGUGUAUGGCCGAGUUCGACGAAGGCGCCAACACAAUGGUGCUGUUGCCGUCGACGACGCCCCAUACCGAAGUGCUUUUUGCACUCGAGCCCAAGCGCAAGCUGCGGCACCGCGGGAUUCCCCGCCCGACGCCGCUCUACGAAAACCUGCCUCCGCUCUGCGACGGCUUCUGCAACCGCAGCCUCGAUCUGUUCAAGAUCACCAAACUCCUCUCGUCCAAGCGACGACUCAUUUCCAUCACGGGCGAAGCCGGCAUUGGGAAAUCGGCCGUUGCCAAGGCGCUCGCUCGCCACAUUUCGCUGCGGACGUCGUGGGUCGUGGGGCUAACGAGUCCCGUCCGCUACCUCGACGUCCCGACAGUCGUCGCGGCGACACCACCCCAGUCCACCGUGUGGGCGCACCUGCGGCACACGAGCCAGACGCUCGAAGGCACAGAAAGUGACUACUCGUGGCCGUCGGUGCUCGUUUUGGACGGCUGCGACGCGCUCGUAGCGACGGAGUCCGACCGCCUCAUGUUUCGCGACCUCCUCUGCGACUGGCUCAAGCAGUCGCCCGAGCUGCAAGUCGUCUGCACCGCGCGCAGCAUGAUCACCAAGGCGUGUCUUAUCCCCAAGUACCCCGAAUCCAAGCACAAGCUGCGGCGACUCGACCCGAUCGAAUCCGCCGAGCUCAUGCUCUUUUGGAUCCAGCGCCGCCAAGACCACGUGACCCGGCAGCGCCUCGAGGAGCUCGCGCUCACGGACGAGACGUUUGUCGAGAGCGAGCUGCAGCAGGACUUUGCGCUGCUCUCGCUGCAGCCGUCGUCAAGCCCCCGCCACGUGCGCGAACUGGCCACGCACCCCAUCUUGCUGGCGGCCAACGGCAACCCGCAGGCCAUUGUGCGCUUGGCCCUCCAGGCGACAACGCCCCCCUAAACCCCACCUGUCAAUACUACAAAAGGACAAACGA